GGCGCGGGCGAGAUCCUCGCGUCGGUCGCCGAGAAGGGCACGGCUGGCCUCCUGGAGCAUUGGCGUUCGAAGUCCCUCGGCGGCGGCAGGAAGCAGGCGCCCGCGCCGUCCCGGGAGGCGCCCGCGUUCCUGAAGUUGGCCGAGCCGUUCGCUGGAUGGCAUACAGAGUGGAAGACUGGUGCACGCGCCACAUUGCAGGCCUUCUGCGACAAGGUGUUUUUGACGUACGCCAGCGCCGGCAGCGCCCGCGCGUCGGUGGAGCCCGUCAUGCUGCCGACGCUGCGCUACCUCUCCGCAGGCUCCAGGAAGCUCGCGAUGCUGAGGCUGGAG